UGCUCCUGCCUGUGUCAAAUAGCCUGAUAGCCUCUUUCCGUUCUGUUCGAUCUUCCAUGCUGUGGAUCCCUACGCACUGAAUUGAUAUCUUCAAUGUGUGUUUAUAUGUGUAUGUGUGUGUGAAGCCUGGUCAACCUGCAGCAUAUGGGUAUCCGAAAUGAGAAGAGGUGCUGGCCUAGGCAGGCAUGUAGAUAGGCGAAUGCAAUUCGUUUCUAUGCUGGCCUUACCAACGUCGUCAUCGUGCACAGAUAGAUAGAUGCACGGCUAUCGGCACUGCCUUGUUCGCUGUCUUGUUCGUCUUGUCGUUCCAUUCCUCCAGUCCCGCUCCUAUGGGCAAAAAGGUUAUUGUUGGUUGGGCCGGAUAUGUCUUGUCUCCUGGCCAUGUUGUUUCCUAUCACCCUUUCAACAUUCUACUCCCUCCCGCCUCUUACCAUGCACACUAUCCUCCCCAACAAUGCCUGACGUUUUGCAUGAUUUAGUCCUCCCACAGCAACACCGGGUGACCGCGCCUUCUCUUGUUCAUUACGAUAUUCUUACUCCAGUAACGAGAAACCACCUGAGUGCGCCGCUUUCCUUCGGCCACACACCCCUCUCCUUGACCACCCAUGUGACUAGAUAUGGCACCGGGAUGGUUUCCCCUACAUGGUUCCCUCGGCCGUCAUCCUUCCCACUCACCCACUUGAGCCGCUUAUACCUGCGCUUAGGGGAACAUACCUGCACUUAGAGGCAUAGUGCCAUUUCUCUGACUCCGACACCACGACUUUGGUUCCAGGCCAUGGUCCGGGCUCGCCUUCAGAUUUUCCUCGUUACUCUUUGCCUGCGGCCAGCCAGACAUUGUUCUUUUUUGCUCGCCUCCGGGCUUUGCUAGACCCUUGCCGCCGCCGCCGCCGCCACCGCCGCAUGUUGGCCAGGUUUCUGCUUCCGU